UCAGUCUGCAUUACUGAGCUGGGAAUGAGAUGAAGGUCUGAUCUCUGCACCACAGCCAUGACAGAGCUGGAGGUAGAUCAGUCCAACCUGCCCAAGGUCCAGGAAGUGUGCCAGUGUUUUGCUGUGCUGGAGGACGGAGCAUUAGCUCAUAACUUACAAGAACAGGAAAUUGAACAGUACUACAGCUCGAAUGUGCAGCGGAGUCAGCUGGUACAGAAUGAUAUCCGAAUUGCCAGGAGAUUACAAGAUGAGGAGGAGCAAAUAGCCACGGUGCUCCAGCGUCAGGCCUCUAGCCGACUGGAGCAGCAGGACUCAGAAUAUGCUCGACUGAUUCAGGAGGAGAUUCAGCGAUGUGCAGAGGAGGCCCGAAGGAGAGAGCAGGAAGACGAGGAAAUAGCAAAAAGAAUACAGGAAGAGGAAGAGCUGCUUGUCAGACAGAGGUGCAGAAGUCGAACAACUGACAAUGGAGGGGCACUGUUGAGCAGAGAGGACGCAUCAUUACACCUAAGGGAGCUGCAGCAGGUCCUGCAGGAUGAGGAGCUGGCUCGCACGCUGCAGGAGGAAGAGAAUAAACUGCUUAGAGGGAAUCCUCAGUCUUCCCGUCUUCUCCGGAGGCAAUACCCGGAGGGAGAUUUCAGAGCUGCCCAAGUCGCUCAGGAUGAGGAAAUUGCUCGUUUUAUACAGAAGCAGGAGAUCCGAACUCAGCGGCGUUCUCGUGAGUUUGACGGUGUGGGUCCAGGGCAGAAUAGAGAUAUGCCUGAUGUGAAUGACAGGAGGGUAACCCACGAGAGACAGGUCCAGAGGGAGAGACUGGAUUCUGAGGGUCUUCCAUCUCCAACUGAGGACUGUUCGCCAGACCACCAACCUCCAAGCCCUAUCUCCAUGGCAGCGCAACCUGUCAGGAACAUUGCGGAGGAGCUGGACCCUACCUUUCAGAGAAAAGAGAGCACAAGAGCAGAACACACCAUUUCUGAAACUUGCCAACCUCAGGCCGCUCCUCAGGUGGGUUUGUAUGACCAGACUGAAGAGCCUGCAUUUGUACCACCCACAAAGCGACAGAGUGAGAAAGGUGGACGGGGGAAAUCCAAAGAGAAAAAGGAGAGUGUCAGACAAAGAGAAAACUGUAAACAGCAAUGACACUCACCUGCUCAAAGUUCAGUUAAGGUCACUUCAACAGGGAAGAGCUGUAACACGACUCUAAUUGCAGCAAUAUGUCCAGUAUUGUCUAUGGUUUCCUCAUAGAUUUACGAUCAGGACAUCUCAUUUAUCUCUCAUCCUUUUAUGAUUAGAUUUCCUCUUCACAACUUAGCUACUGAGAGAACUCUCGAAGUCAUGUAAACAAGCAGCUGUUUGGGACAGUCAUCUUUCACUUGGUUUAUUCAGAGUGACCG